GCAUUUCGACGAGCGCGCCUUCACACGUGUUGGCUCCGAGACUCAACGUGGUAUGAAGCGACGGCGGCUGUGCCCCGACGCAGUUCCGAAAGGCAGCGCAUCUGCUGCUGGGGUUGGACGUGCUAUUACUGAAGAGCGCACAGGAACAGACGCUGCCAUGCUUGUAUGCCCUAUGGAAGCAUCAUGGACAGUGGAACACAAUCCUUCAGCACUCACCAACACAUCGGAUAACAGCAUUCAUUUCGUGGAGUCGGACUUCGCCAUUGGCUGCAAUGCAGAAGUUGGCACAGACACCGGAGCAUGCGGUGACAUGUCCCUCACUCAUCUGACUGCCGGUUGCAAGCCUAAAGAGAGUGCCAGAAGUGACCACAGUUACUGCAGAAUGCGUCAUUUUGCUGUGCAAACUGAUGGGGUGCAAGCUACACACAUGGUGUCGAAAGGUGUGCAGGUGGCAACUACUCCAAAAGUUCGUUCCGAAGGGACACAGACGGACUUCCAGGCUUGGUCAACUGCGGGAUGUGGGGAUGAAUUGGAAGACACUGCAGAGAUACUUGACUCAUCAGGUCACCGUAUAAGAGCACCGCUUCCAUCAUCUCCAAUAAGAUGCUCGACACCACUGCCAUCGGCAAAGGAUCUCGACGAAACAUAUGAGCCAUCAUUUCAUGACUCACAUCUACCAAGUGGUUGUGAUUCUGUGCCACCUAGCGCUGAAAAACAGUACAUCGUUUUUGAAAGCUGCUUGAUGGAGCUAUUCAGCAUGUGCACAGUUUGCCAAGCAUCGUGUAAAGCUGAAACUACACUCUAUGGCUCCCUUCUACAAGUUGAGACCACCUGUGCUUGUGGGCACAAGAGUUGUUGGUUGAGCCAACCAAAAGUUUCUAAUAGGGCUUUGGGUGGCAUGCUUUUGUGUGCCGCUAUAUGCUUCUCAGGCGCGAGUCCUGAGAAAGUUCUGAGGCUGCUGAAGCAAGCCAAUAUUCAAGUGCCAUCUACGAGGACCUACUACAGCUACCAAGGUGCACUGUUCCAGCCCGCCAUACAACGUGUUUGGGACACUGAACGAGAGGCUGUAAUCGAAAGCCUUCAUGGACCAGUAGCAUUAGCUGGUGACGGCCGGUGCGACUCUCCCGGGUUUUCUGCGAAGUUCAUGACUUACACUUUCAUGGCCAUUCAAACUAGUAAAAUCAUCCAUUUCGUUCAGGUGCAGCUUGGAGAGAACAGCGAGGUGAGAUCCAGCAAUGCCAUGGAAAAAUUUGGCCUGAAGAAGGGACUUGGGGAGCUAAAGGACCAGAACGUCACUAUUUGUUCAUUAACUACUGACAGGCACGUGGGCAUCAAAAAGUACAUGAGGACAUGUGAGCCGGGUAUUGAACAUACCUACGACGCGUGGCAUGUUGGUAAAGGUAAGCAAGGUCACUUGGCAAACUUUUUGUGCCCUUAGAAAGCCAAAUGGUGUUGCAUUAAUUUUUAUGGGCCCUGGAAAGCAGCAUUUUCACAUAC